AUGGCUACCGACGAAGACAAUUUUGACAUCGACAUCUACGGCGAUGGCACCUACAAUGCCAAUGAACCAGCUGAUUUCAAGCAUGAGGACGCUGAGCUGCUUCUGGAUGCUUCAGAUGUUCCCCAGACGAAUGCCGCGGGUGCGACCAACGCCAAUAACCAGUCAGACAACGUGAAGGAGGAGAAGCCUGCUCCUGCUGAUAACCAGCCCGCUGCCACCGACGGAGCUCAGGAGGCUCCUCAGCAGCAGCCCAACGGUCUACCGGCUGUCCAGCAAGGUACCAAGCGCAAGGAGCCCGAGGGAGUUCAAUCAGAGCGCGAUGCAAAUGCUACGAGUGCUUUGAUGAUUACCGACCUCAACUGGUGGAAUAACGAAGAAGAUAUUCGCGCCUGGACCAAUCAUGCCGGCGUUGAGACUGAGCUGAAGGAGGUGACCUUCAGUGAGCACAAGGUUAACGGAAAAAGCAAGGGUCAAGCCUUUGUCCUGUUCACAACCGCUCAGGCAGCCGCAGCUGCCCGUCGUAGCAUUGAGUCUAUCCCUAACAACGGACAGGGUCACGCCGUUCACUACACCAAUGCUCACCAGAAUCCGUUUAGAACGCUUCCCAAAGACAAUCCCGCUCGCGGCGCUGCUGGCCGAACUGGCAGCGGCCCUCACACCGGCGGCAACAACUACAAUGCCAAUGCUGGCGGCGGUUCAUUCCGCGGUCGCGGGGGCUACAACAACCGUGGCGGCAUGGGUGGCAACUACAAUGCUCGCGGCAAUUUUGGUGGUGGCAUGGGCGGAUAUCAAGGUGUCCCCAACCCCAUGAUGGGUGGUUUCCAGGGCCCUGCUAUGGGCGGUAUGCAAAACUUCAACUUUAAUGCCAAUCGCGGUGGCAUGAUGGGUGGCAUGCGCGGCGGCAUGCGUGGCGGCCGUGGUGGAGCUAUGGGCCCUGGUGGCAUGAUGGGAAUGCCUGCCAUGCCUGCUAUGGGUGGGAUGGGUAUGAACGCGAUGCCCGGUAUGGGUAUGAUGGGUGCCGGCAUGGGCAAUAUGGCUGGUGCUGGCAUGGGUGGUAUGGGUGCCGGUAUGGGAAAUAUGAAUCCUGCUAUGGGAAACAUGGGUAACAUGAGACCCGGUAUGGGGGCUAAUAUGCAGCCACAAGGUCAGCAUGGUUACCAGGGCGCCGGUCAGCCCUUCACCCCUGCUAACUUCUACAACAACAAUGCGAACCAAGGCCGUCCCAACAGCCAGAGUGGUCCCAGCAACCAGGGCGGUCCCAACAACCAAGGACAGGGUGCUGGCGCUGAUGGUUCCUGGAACCCUCAUGGUGCUAAGCGUUCUCGCCAGACUUAA